UAUAAAAAACUUCUGUUUAUUUUGUGUGUAAAUUGGUAAAAUCUCUAAUUAUGAAUGUUAGAUAUAUGAUUCUAUCGGCAUUGACUGCAUAUCGGACCUUAAUAUAUUUGCUAUUUUAGAAAUAUCAGCCUAUGUUCCUUAUAUUUUGCAAAAUAUAACUCUAAUUACUAAAGAAUACUGAAAAUACUGCAGAAGCACACAAUAAUUGAAAUAAAACAAACACACAAAAAAUAUUUCAGCCCUAAUUAACUGUGAUAAAGCAUAUAGACGAUGAAUUUAAAAUAUUAUAUCUAAGAAAUGGGUUGGACCCACUUCUAUCAUGUCUUUUCUUUCCAAUAUAUUGUUAAGCUAUCAUUUAUUAUGGCCAUGGUUAUAUUUGCUCAAUGUGCAGCUGAUGGUACUAUCUUAUGUAACUCCUCAACAACGAAUAAUGUGCAAUAUGACUUUAAGUCAAAUAUUAUUUCAAGUGAAUAUAUAAUAACUUAUAAGGGUUAUUUUACUAAGAAAUCCAGAGAAAGUUAUGUAGCUGCUGCAUUAAAUAACGCUGGAGUGAAUAAUUGGACAAUAUUGCAGCGUGAGAACCCUGCAAAAGAAUAUCCAAGUGAUUUCGAUGUUAUAUUCUUGAAUACUGAUGCAAGAGAAGCACUAGGAGCAUUGCGUGAUCACCCUGCUGUGCGUCGAGUGACUGUGCAAAGACAAGUUCAGCGUACUAUUAAAUAUAUACCUGAGGAUGAUUGUGAUUCUUCAGACUGUCUAUAUAACGGUUGGAGGAACUAUCAUCACCGAGCAAGAGCAUUACAUUCAUUGAGAAAGUUAAGGGAGAAUGAAAGCUUCUCAUCUCGGAAGCUGCUGAGAACAGUACCUCGUCAGAUUACUUCAGUAUUGAAGGCAGAUGUUCUCUGGUCACUCGGAGUUACAGGAGAAGGGAUAAGAGUAGCGGUAUUUGAUACGGGGCUAUCUCGAGAUCAUUCGCAUUUUGGCCGGAUUCGGGAACGCACGGAUUGGACUGGUGAAAAGACUUUGGACGAUGCCUUGGGGCAUGGCACUUUCGUUGCUGGUGUCAUUGCUUCCCGUGCAGACUGUCUGGGCUUCGCACCCGAUUCUGACUUGUACAUAUUCCGAGUAUUUACUGAUAAUCAGGUUUCAUACACAUCAUGGUUUUUGGAUGCAUUUAACUACGCCAUAAUGAAAAAAAUCGAUGUUCUGAACCUUAGCAUCGGUGGGCCAGACUUUAUGGAUCAUCCAUUUGUGGAUAAAGUAUGGGAACUUACGGCAAAUAAAGUAAUAAUGGUCUCUGCGAUUGGAAACGACGGUCCACUUUACGGGACGCUCAAUAAUCCAGCGGAUCAGAUGGACGUUAUCGGUGUGGGGGGCAUAGGGUUUGAUGAUCGUAUUGCUAAAUUUUCUUCAAGGGGUAUGACGACGUGGGAAUUGCCUAACGGCUACGGGCGUAUGAAGCCAGAUAUAGUAACCUAUGGGAGUGCGGUUCGCGGAUCGAGUAUCAAUGGUGGCUGUCGUUCACUAAGCGGUACGUCAGUGGCAUCGCCUGUAGUUGCGGGUGCGAUUGCGCUGUUGGCAAGUGGGGUUCCGCGCCAGAACUUAACACCAGCUUCGGUCAAACAAGCGCUGUGUGUAACUGCCAGACGUUUGCAAGGACCGAAUAUGUUCGAGCAAGGACACGGGAAAUUAGACCUUAUCAGCGCGUAUCAGUUUCUGAGAGAUUACGAGCCACAAGUCACCCUGAGCCCGCCCUACAUCGAUCUAACCGAAUGCCAGUACAUGUGGCCGUAUUGUACUCAGCCGCUUUACUACAGCGCACAACCCACUAUCGCAAACGUUACUAUUAUAAAUGGCCUAGGAGUAGCUGGAAAUGUGAAAAGCGUAACCUGGCACCCACACCUUCCGAACGGGUUGAUCCUCUCAGUAUCUGCCACUCAUAUUGACGUGAUAUGGCCCUAUUCUGGCUGGAUGGCACUCAGCUUCAGUGUUCAAGAAACUGGAGCUGACUUUGACGGCGUUGUUGAAGGCCACGUCAAUAUCACAGUUGAGAGUUUCGACGAAAGUUUUCAACAGAAGACAAGAAACACAAGCCUUAUGUUACCCAUACGAGCUCGAGUAAUACCUGUCCCAGUAAGAUCUAGGCGGUUGAUUUGGGACCAAUUCCACAGUCUACGAUAUCCCGGUGGCUAUUUCCCGAGGGACGACUUGCGUGCCAAACACGAUCCGUUAGAUUGGCACGCUGACCAUAUACAUACAAACUUCCGUGAUAUGUACCGUAGAUUGAGAGAGCACGGAUAUUACGUUGAAGUAUUGGGUUCACCAGUAACCUGCAUAAACACGUCCCUCUACGGAGCGCUAUUACUGGUCGAUCCCGAGGACGAAUAUUUUCCAGAAGAAAUGGCAGCUCUAAAGAAGGCAGUUGACUCUGGGUUGUCGCUUAUUGUUUUCGCUGAUUGGUACAACGCAUCCCUACUUCGUCAUGUCAAGUUCUACGACGAAAAUACAAGGCAAUGGUGGAUACCCGAGACAGGAGGUGCCAACGUGCCUGCGUUGAAUGACCUGCUAAGCAUGUUUCAGGUGGCGUUGGGUGACCGCGUAUUUGAAGGCACGUUCAAAUUAGGCGGGCAUUCGAUGUACUACGCGAGCGGCACUCACAUACACAGCUUCCCAGAACACGGCGUUCUAGUGACUGCUAAACUACAAGAUCAGGGACAUCAAAUAAUGUCAGGAGAAAAGCCAAGUAGUGGCGCCGGCUCUGGGAGUGUCGAAAUAGUGGAUGUGCCGAUUCUGGGUCUCUUGCAAACAGACGGAGAAGCUAGAGACUAUACAAACGAUACCUUGGAACACCCUAAGGGGGGCCGAUUAGUAGUUUACGGUGACUCGUCAUGUUUGGAGAGCGGAACAGCGAAGCCCUGCCAUUGGCUGUUAUUGGCCGCGUUACAGUACGCGCUGGUCGGACAUUUGCCGUCGUCGUUGAAGGAAGCGGCGGCCUCGAAGCAACAUCGCGACGUACAUAUUAUACCAUCAGAGUUACCUCAGCGGUCGGAAGGCGGUCGUCUUCACGUGUAUUCGCGCGUUCUUUCCGCCGACGGUAGCGGACCCCGAGCGUUGCCGGAGUGCGUGACAUCUCCGGGGCUCAGGGCGGACCCAAUACACGCCCCUCCGGCAGCCAGAACCCUAGCACCACGGCACCAGCCCACUGACCCCAGGAGUAUAGGUGCACCGGAAACCGAGGGGACUGAGGCAGCCCCGAGAGCCUGGCGAGGUGCUGGUGUCGCCCCUUCGAAAUCACAUUUGGAUUUUAACAAGGAAACAAACACGUUCAACAAUCGUCUACUGAUGUUCGUCUCGAUCUCGGCCAUUCUUUAUUGUAUUGUCAUGUUCUGGAAACGGUACGGUAGGAAAAUUAAACGGCGGAAGAUUAUAUCGCUGGCAACUUGAUUAAGAGUGAUAACAACUACCUAUGAAGUAUAUUGUACCACAGUGUUGCGACGGAGAGAAUUUCGGUCAAUGACCUCUUAUUUAUCACUUUUGAACGUGUAUAAUUAUGUGUCCGUGUUUUUAACAUGGAUGGUGACGUCGGAUGAACGAGUUAAAAAAUAAUGGAAAUUUCUCUGCUUCGCGAACAUAAUUUAUACUAAGAUAAUUUAAAUUUGCAAAUUAUGAGAUACCGUGAAUGUGAUACCUGUACGUUAGUUACUUUUGUAGAUUUAUUAUGCUUUUUGUUUUAUUAUAUUUCAAACAUUACUUAAAUGAUUCUUUUUCUCAGUCCUGCGGGCCUACCAUGAACUCUUAUUGCGAUUCAAUUGACAACUUAAAAUGAACUGCUUUGCUAUUUCGUAUAACGACGUGAAUUUAGGUUGAUGUCAAUACAACUGAUUAAAUCGCAAUGAUAUCAAUUGAAUCGCAAACUGGUUUAGUUAGUGAGGUAAUAUUUCAACCUAAACUGGAUAGCUUUAUGUGUCAAAGUGGGCGAUUCGACAAAAGUUGCUACUUCCUUCGACGAAAAGUGAAUCGUGUUGUUAAUAACUUUUAAAAAAUAGUGAGAACAUACAGAAAUGGAAAAUUUUAUUGAUGAAAGAUGAGAUAAGAAUACUUUAUUAGACUUUUUUGUAAAACGAUAUACUGAAAAUAAAUACCAAAACUGAAAAUACUAAAGACAGUGAGGGCCCGGGCUAUUCGCAAGAACGAUUAAAAAAAAAUGUACUCUGUGGUCCUGUCAAAUCAAACAUCAAUGGAGAUGCGUUCAUAACUCGUUAUUUUUACGAAAACACAUAAGCAAACAUUUAAUUUGUAAUUCAAAGAACUAUAUUUAUUUAUAUUACUAUUAUUUAAUAAGUACAAAAAGGGGCUUAAUGGUUCAUAAUUUGACGCUGUAAAGCGCAAUUAUAAAAUGUAUUUUUAAUAUUUUCUACUCAAAAAACCGCUAAAAUCAUAUCAUUUUAGGUUUCGAAACGCAACGCAUAUUUAUCGAGUAAAAGAGACAAACUUAUGCAACGACUGUAGAGCGUCAUCUCUUUCUCACACCGCGGACCACAGACAAAUUUAUUUCGUUCAUUCUUUAUAAGCGAUCCAAACGCCAUUCAGUAAAAGGCACUUCAUGGUACGAAUUUUAGUGAUUCAUUUUUGGUACCUAAACUGAACUGUAUCGGAAUCGCAUCGCUUAUUAAAAGUUGAUGAUAGGCCCUCUGUUCUUAUUUUUUUUCUAUUAAUUUCUGUAUUUGUAAUGUCCCUAAAUAAUUAAUUUGAUAAAAACAGUUUUUAUUCUAGUAGGACGUACGAAAUAAAUGUUACGUCAUGAAUUAAAGAAUCUUCUGAAUGCAAGAUGUAUAUAUACCUAAAAUUUACCAUUACUAUAUAUAAAUAAUUGUAUUAUUAAAUGAAAGAUUAUUUAUUGGUAGCCUUUAUGUGAAUAAUUAAGCCAAAUAU